AUGCUUCCUCCCGGCCCCCGCGGCGUCCUUGCCCUUGGCCGCCGUGCCACGGGUGUCGCCCGGCGCUGCAGGUGCUUCUCGACCGAUCAAACCAUCAAGGAGCACGACGUCCUCGUCCUUCGCCAGCAGGGCGCCAAGUACGCGAAAUGGCACCUCACCGCGCCGCUGCGACCCGACUCGAAAGUCAAGCUCUCCUACGGCGAGUCCCUGUCGGGCGACCAGCUCAUCGGGCGCAGGGUUCUCGAUGUGGUGCGCGACAGCGGCGGCAAAAAUGUCGUCCUCCACGAGGCCACGCUGGCGACCUAUAUUAUCAAUUCGGCGCGCAUGGCCACGCCAAUAUAUCCGCACGACGCAAGCACUAUCGUUUCUCUGCUCGACCUCAACCUGUCGCGCCCGGGUGAGGACCCCGACGACGAUGCGGCGCCUCCCUUUGAGAUCUUCGAGGCUGGGACGGGCAUGGGGAGCCUCACGCUGCACCUCGCCCGUGCGAUCCAUGCGGCCAAUAACCCCGUUCCACCGGCCCUGCGCCGUGCACUCUGCGAGGCCAAGCUCAGAUCCCAGCAGCAAGACCCGUCCGCCUCACCGAUCGACCUCUCCCCGGACCACCAAGCGGCCUUGGACCAAUACACGACGGCCCGCCGCGCCGUCAUCCACACGCUCGACCGCAAUCCGAAGCACCUCAACGCAGCUUACAAGCUGGUUCGCAACUUCCGCCGCGCCCAGUAUCUGGCCUCGAUUGACUUCCACCUGGGGUCAGUUGAGGAAUACAUAUCUGCCCGCCUGGCCCAAUCCAAUGGGCAACCUUUCCUGUCGCGAGCUAUCUUGGACCUCCCGUCCGCACACGAGAAUGCCGAGCAGGUAAUCAAAGCGCUGUUUCCGAACGGCCUCUUAGUCUUGUUCAAACCGUCAAUCAGUCAGAUCGCCGACUUCCAGGCGUGGUCGCUGCGGACGCAGCAGCCCCUGCGCCUGGAAACGGUGCUGGAAUUGCCCACGGGUGUGGCGACAGACGGCGUCCACGACGCAGCCGGUGGCAAGCAGUGGGACGUCAGGACGGUGUUGCCCAAGGAGCACCAGGGCGACGAGAGCAAACGGGUGCAGGUCAUGCGGCCCAAGGUCGGCGACAGGAUCGUCGGCGGCGGGUUUGUGGCCGUGUUACGACGCUGGCCCGCUGGCGAGGCGCCUGUCGCCCAAGACGCAGAGACGGAGAGCCAGGAGGCGGAGUAG